AUGGUUUGCAGCAAGUGCGCCAAGCUCUCCAAGGGCACGACCCUCGCCACGCCAGGCGUCAAGAAGAAGAGCGAGAUGUACUAUGGCUCCCCGGCUGCAUCGUCGUCAUCAACGGCCAGCGGGCCGAAGAAAUCCGCGACUCUAGGCAACACCGGCGUCACCAAGAGCAAGCUGCUGUCUCAAAGCGCCAAGAACCCGUACGCGCAAUACUCAAGUUCAUGCGACAAGUGCAAGACCAAGGUGUCUCAAGGCCACAAGUUCUGUAACAAGUGUGCCUACCAAGCAAAUGCUUGCGCCAUGUGCGGAAAGCCAAACACCAAGACCGCCAAGGGUGCAUCCCUGGUGUCCGGCCAGAAGUUUACUCUGAAGUGA